AGCGGCCCGCUGGACGCGCAUGCGCUCUUGAUUGGCGGGAGUUUCGCAAAUGGCGGCGUAGGCACAGACAACGGAGUAAGAUCUAGACUGUCUCUUGAAAAGUCCGAUAGAGACGCAGUCCCAGGGGUGACCUGAGAUUUUGUGUUUCUGGAACAGAAGCUCUGGGCAGAACUGGCGUCGCUCUGAGGUCAGGAAGUCGCACACUCCUCGCAGGAUGUGUUUCCGGUCAUUCCCUUACUAGUGGCUUGGCCUAGCCCAACCCACGGCAUCCUGUGCUCCCGACUUCUAGCCCCAGGGGCCGGGGAUGGGGUGGGGGGCCUGCGACCUCCUCCCGGAAUGGAAAGAAACCUGAGGUCGAAGCAAACCUCCCGCUCGGUCAGAGCCAGCGGUCUAGGAUCCAGAAAAGAGGUGCAGAAUUCUCUACCCAGGAUGACUUCAGUCACCACAGAGAAUACGGAAGAAGAAGAACCAAUGACUUUGAAGACUCAUGAUCAUCAGUUGCAAUCAAGUCUUCACCCUAUAGAAGUGUUUACUAAAUCAUCUGCCUCCCUAGAGAUGACUCAAGGCAUUUCAAAGGAAAGAAUUCAUCUUGCCUGUAGCCCCGAAAGAGGGAGACAUUGUGAUGUCAGCCACCAGGAAGGACUUCAAUCCAGGUCCCUUCAUUUUUCCCCUCAAGAAUAUUCUGUCCGUCAUCAAGACAGGAGGCAGUCCUGGCGGCGAGCAAGUAUGAAAGAAAUAAACCGACGGAGGUCACUGCCACCUUUUCACCAGGGCAUGACAGAGCUCAGCAGGUCCAUCAGUGUCGACCUAGCAGAAAGCAAGCGGCUUGGAGCUCUCCUGCUUUCCAGUUUCCAGUUCUCAGUUCAGAAACUUGAACCUUUCCUAAAGGACGCUCAGGACUUCAGUCUUGAAAGUUUCAAAGCAAAAGCGUCUUUUCUUUCUCAAGAGCUGGAGCAUUUUAUAGGCAGCCUGGAAAAAGAUGGAAUUCUACAAAAAUGUUUUGAAGAUUCAAAAGAAAAAGCAUUGGAUUUGAAUCUGGAAGCAUCAGUGGCUGAGAUGAAGGAAUAUAUAACAAAGUUUUCUUUAGAACGUCAGACUUGGGAUCAGCUCUUGCUGUGGUACCAGAAGGAGGCACUACCAGAAGAGACGUCCAGAGGAUCAGUGGAAACCAAAAUUACUGAAGUCAAAAUGGAACCGACAUCAUAUCUUAGAUCUUCUCAGAAUGAAGUUCUUUACACAAAGCCUGACUACCAGAAAAUAUUACAGAACCAGAACAAAGUCUUUGAUUGUAUGGAGUUGGUGAUAGAUGAGCUGCAAGGAUCAAUGAAGCAGCUGCACACCUUUAUGGAUGAAAGUACCCAGUGCCUCCAGAAGGUGUCAGUACAGCUUGAGAAAAGAAGCAUGCAACAAUUAGAUACUUCACCUGCUCGAAAACUGCUCAGACUUCAUUUACAGAACCCACCUACCACUUACUGCUCUGGAUCUUACCAGUGACCUUACCCAGCUUUUCCAACACAAGAUACUCAGAAGAUAAAACUGGGAAGACUUCCUCAGGAUGUGACGACUGCAUGGCAGUCUGAGCUGGGGAGUCCUGUCCUUUGGUUUUAAAGAUAACUGCCUGAUUGUAGAGCACUUCAUCUUUUUUGAGUGAUGGAAUUUAUGCAUACAAAAGGACACUGCAGAGACACUUUGCCCAGGAAUGUACAAAAUGCUUGAAAUUUCCUUGUGAAAUGGCCUUCAGAAGCAGCGGCCCAUUCUUUUUAAAUGUCCUUCAUGGUCAGAUAUCUUAUCUUGUGAAGAUAUUUUUCAGGUUUUGAAACAACCCAAAGUCAUUUAGGACCAAGUUUAAUGAAACAUUUUUUAGGAGCCAACUGGGUUCUGGUCAAAUAGGAAUUAGACUGAUUUUCUAGUGUGGCUGUGAUGGUGAUUUUAGAGAGAAGAAUGCUGAGCAUUGUUGGCAUCACUGGGAUAUAUAUAUCAUUUCACAGAAUGCCCAAUUUGAAGAAAAUACUACUCAUGUUUGCCUUGAUGUCUGCAGUGUACUUCAGCUUUUGAAUUUUGAGCUGACACCCUAAAUUCUGAAUUCAUGGCAAAAAGGGGCUAAGUACUAAUUUUUAUUUUUGUUUGUUUUUAUUUUUAUUUUUGGUGGUGCUAGGGGUUGAACCCAGCUUUGCACAUGCUAGUUAAGUGCUUUGUUACUGAGCUGUUACCUCCAGGCCCCUAAUUGUUCUUUUUAUUGUUAAUAAUCUGAAUUAUAAAAUUACAUAUAGUUAAGAUUUUCCCUGUGUUUGUAUUUUGAGUGUAUAAACUUCUUUUUGCAGUGCUGAGAGUUGAACACAGGGACUUCAUACAUGCUAACAAUGCACUGCCACUCAGCCCCUAAAAACAUUUAAAGGCAAGGAGGGUUUAGAAAAUAAAAUUCUUUGCUGAGAUAAACAGUAGUGUAAAGAUAGGCCUCACUGGGCCAGGAAUUUAGCUCAGUGGUUCUGUCGCCUGCCUCGCAAGUGCAAGGUCCCUAUUACCAAUAUAACACCAACUAAUUUUUAAUGUUUUCUAUAUUCUCAUCCUAUUAAUGGGAUAAAACUUGUUUUAUUUAAUUUCCUGUUUGCCCUGCAAAUAUUUGCUGGUUGCAUUUAUCCCAAGAUAACUUGUGAGUUAUAUUCCUAAUCUUAACUCCAAGGUUUGCCAUGAAUUAACUCGCUUUUAUUUUCCCAUUAUUCUAGUAUAUUGCUACUUUUUAGAAACAAAAGAUCAUUCUAUUUAUAGUAUUCUGUUAUGAUGGUAUUUACAUUCACAAAAUAGAGUAAUUUUCAAUCACUGAAAAUGUCAAAUCCUAGAAAACUUUGGAUUCAUCAAAGAGCAGAUUUAUGUAAAGUUAAAUGAACACUGGCAAUGAGCUGCACUUUUUUUUUUGGUACCGGGGAUCAAACUCAGGACCUUGCGCUUGUGAGGCCAACGGCGGAACCACUGAGCUAAAUCCCCAGCCCUGAGCUGCACUUUUUGGGAAAUGGGUUAAACAACCAGUCAAAAUCUUAAGUAUUUAACCUUGGCCCAAGCACCUGUUGGUGAGAGGUGGUACCUCCUUACAUUAAAUUUUAUCCAUUCAGAUCUUACUGAGUCCCUACUGUCUGCCAGGCACAGUUCCGGGAACUGAGGAGAGUGCAAUGAAUAAAGGCACAGGAUCUCCCACAUAAUGCUUACAGUCUACUGAGGACACAAACACAACUAGAAACCUUGUCUGCACAAGUGAUGGUAAUACUGACUUGGGAAGAAUAAAGAAAUUGAACAAGUAUUUCAGGCAAAAGCAGCAUUUUCAAAGGCUUGAGGGAGGGUGGAGCUUUCUAGAACACUGAAAAAUGAAGCAGAAAUGCUAAGCAUCAGUGAAGAGUGGUUUGAGACAAGGAAACAAAGUAAUUAGAAGGUUUAAGAGAGCAAGCCAGGCAUGGUGGUACAUGCCUGUAAUCCUAGUACAUGGGAGGCUGAGUCAGGAGGAUUAUUGAGUUAAGAGGCCAGCCUGGGCUACAAAGACCUUGUCUCAAAAAAAAAAAAAAAAGGAUCAGCUUUGCACUAUCAGAUCUGGCCAAGUCUUGUUUUUGUUGAGGUUCAAUGAACCUGAUCUGAAAUCAACUGAAGGGGUCAAGCAAGGCAACACUGCACAGCAGGAACAGAAAUCUCCCCAGGUCAGCUCAAGUCAAAAUGGGAGUCUGUGGUCUUCAGAUCAAUAUCACACUAAAAUUCUUUAAGGAACAAACUCAAGAUACCUCAUUCAUAGAUGGGAAAUAACAAGACAAUUUCCUGGGCUUCAAGCCUGAACCUGAUGGCAUCAGAUGAAAGAAUACUAUUUUAAGAAUUUGCAUUUUCCAUGAAGGAGGAAUAUAAAGAAUUUGUGGUUAGCUACAGACUAUGGCACAUUUAAAAUAUGACCUCUAAAUUCUCUGACAUUCAUACUUUUAAAAAGUACAGUCUCUCUUUCCACUUAGGGUUGGCUCUGUAACUGCUUGAUACAUAGAAAAUUGCAGAAGUGGCCCUGUGCAGGUUUCCAGGCAGCAUCUACAUCUUUCUUGGCAUGCAUGCUUUUUUGGGCCAGCUUUUAAUGUUUUUAUUGGUGCCUGUUUGUGAUACAUAAUGAAUACAUUUUUGGUGGAGAGUUAGUUCAUAUACAUAGCACAUGUUAGUCCUUUUUUAUUUCCUCUUACUCAUACCUCCCCUCUCCCUCCACCACUUGAUUCCCUUCCCAUCUGCAAAAGGUCUACCUACUAUCCUAUUGUCUUUUAUUUUGCUGUUUAAAUUAUGCUUUGUUGCUUGGUUUCUGGUUGAUAGCCAUUCUUUCUGCAGUGGGAUGGAAUCUCAAUGUUUUGGUUUGCAUUUCUCUAAUGGCCGAGGAUGCUAGAGACUUUUUUCCUGUACUUGUGAUUUGAACUCCUUCAAAGAAGUGUCUUGUUCAUUUCAAUUGCCCAUUUUUUAAUAUGAUCUUUUAUUUUGGAGAGUCUGAUUAUUGAGUUCAAUUCUAGAUAUUGUUCUCUGUCUAAGGAAUAGCUGGCAAAAUUUUUAUCCCAUUUUGUGGGUUGUCUCUUCCCUCUGUUGGUUAUUUCUUUUGCUGUGCAGAGGCUCUUUUAAUGUGAUAUAAUCCAUUUGUCAAUUCCUGGUGUUAUAUCUUGGGCAAGUGAGGUUCUGUUCAUAAAGUCCUUGGCUAAUAAAUGUAUGAGAGAA